AUGAGGAUCGCCGGAGUUGCUGGAGAGAGAUGUACAGUUCGCCUGUGUUUUAUUCAGAUCUCACAUCUGGACCUCUUUGACAAAAUCUAUGGUUUUGGCCUUUUGGGGAGAGAUUACAGGUCGCAAUCACAGCUCGGGAAAUUUGUGGCAACCUUGUCAUUGCUGGAAUCCAUGGCUCUUGCAGGGAUCGAUAUUGUCAUAGCUUGUGAUGUUAGGUAUUGUACAGAGGAUUCAUUCUUCUCUGUGAAGGAGGUCAAUUUGGCAGUUAUUACUGAUCUCAGGAUGCUUCAAAGGCUUCCGGCGAUAGUUGGGUUUGGAAACGCCAUGGAAUUAGCCCUAACUAGCCGGAAGUUAUUGGGGCCGGAGGCUUCAAGAAAGGAGGGAUAG